UUAGUAUCUGGCCAGGACGCGGACGUGUUGCACGAUUUCGAAAUUUCGUCCAGUUUUCUGUGCGGGUGUGUUGUGCGAGUGGUUGUGUGGUUGGGUGUUCAGAGGAGGUUUCGCGUUUUGUUCUGUGUGAGGUUCGGGUGCAAGAUGCGUUUCAAACAGCCUUACACCAGGAGGAUUAUAUCAGCUGAAACCAGUACCAUCGAUAAUCCAGCCCGAGAAAAUUCCACCCAAACCGUAGAAGUGGCUCCUAUGGUACCGGAUAAAGAUCUCACCGGUAGGACAUCAUCUUUAAGUUUAACAGUGAGACCUAGUGAUUUUCUAUACGGUCCUGUCCCUGCGAGAACUGACAAAAACCUGACAAGUGAUGAAAAUUGCGCAGACGAUUCUAGUGCUUCUUCGAGAAUUCCCCAAGAAAACGACGUAGACAGUGACCAGUACAAUGAUACACUCGGACCGUCAACCUUCUUAUGCGCUGUUCCCCCCCUGACAAAUGGAGCGAUAAAAGAAGAAGACAUAGGCGCACAUUCGGACUACAUAAAAUGUUCGCAGUGCCAAAAGUCUUGCGGCACCUUCCUCGCCUUGAAAGAACACAUGGAAACCUCACAUGCCGACCUGGCAGCCUGUUCGGAAAACGGAAACUCCUCGAACCACAGUGCUCUCUCCCCAACCCCCAGCCUCGUUAGUUCUGGGGGUCCAUUCCCUUGCUCACAAUGUGCUAGUUCUUUUUCUACGAAAGACCAGUUGGACAAACACGAAUUGUUACAUUCUCCCAACGCUCAAGUGUCUUGUAAAAUCUGUAAUAAAACAUUCGCAAACGUCUAUCGUCUUCAACGUCACAUGAUCAGCCAUGAUGAAAGUGCCGUCCUCAGGAAGUUCAAAUGUACGGAAUGCGACAAAGCUUUCAAAUUCAAACAUCACCUCAAGGAACACAAACGUAUCCACAGUGGUGAGAAACCCUUCGAGUGCGGCAACUGCGGGAAACGGUUCUCGCACUCAGGUUCCUAUUCUAGUCACAUGACAUCGAAAAAAUGCCUGGUUAUGAACAUAAAACUGGGCAGGACAAGGGCGCCAGCAAACACAAUGUUGGACAAAAACAUCCAACAGAACGGCCGCCUACUCAAACGAUGCAACGACAGUCCGAUGAACAACAACAUCUCCAACAGCCCGGAUCAUAAUUCCUUCUUGCCCAUCCUUCCCAAAUACUCAGACGCUACAGCGGCAUUUUUACAGUCGUCGUUGGCCGCAAACUCGCCAGUAGCUCCGUUCUACUUGACCCCUCCGGCCCUGUUGAAUGCACCACAUCCCCACGCGUACAACUUCCCCACACUGAGCCAAAUCUUGGAUCACCUACAACAGAGGGCGUCUCCUUCAAGGCCGGUCCAGUCCACUGAGUACCCUCAAAGCCAAAUCGAGGACGCCUCCAAAGAGAAAGAAAUCGACGUCGAAUCCUCCCAGGAAGAUCAGAUCGAUAACACUCCAAAAUCUAACGAUUCCAGUUGCGGAGAUCUAGUCAUGGACGAAGACGCGGAGAACAAAGAGGAACCCAAAGAAGAUAAAAAAGACGACGGCGAAUUGGAAGCCGUCAAACGGAUUUUAGAAACUGUGAACGCCAACGUGACCAAGCAGUUCCUCCAGGCCAAUAUGCAGAAGUUCUCGUCGGAUUCUUCGAAUAACAGCGACUGCCAAAGCAAUUUCUCCCAACAACACUCCCCCAAACCAGAGCCCAUCAACAGGUGCAAUAACUGCAGUAUAGUUUUCGCCAGUGCACAUCAAAUGAGUGAACAUAAAUGUGAUAUCAAGAACGAAGGCUUGGCCGCAAGGUUAGAAGAAGCAGUCGCCAAUAAAUCAGAAGAAUUUAGGAAAGAAAGAAGCGGUAGUUUCAGCGGUAACGAGGAUCAAGACUAUGAUCGAUCGAAGGGUGACGAUGAUAUCUACUGUGAAUCUGCUGUUACCACAACGGACCAUUUGUCGGAAGACGGAAGGAAAGUGCGUGUCAGGUCCUUGAUUUCCGACGAGCAACUCAAAAUACUGAAAGAGAGUUAUGCUCAGAAUCCCCGCCCUAAGAGGGAAGAUUUGGAAAAAAUUGCCGCAUCCAUUGGUUUUGCAGUAAGGGUCGUCCAAGUAUGGUUCCAGAACACAAGAGCGAGGGAUCGAAGAGAAGGGCGGUUGAUACAUGUGCCAUACAGUCCAUCAGCGGUUCAGAAGUACUCUCCAAGUGGACACCCUUCGAGUCCACAACUGAUUGGUCAUAAAAUUGGAGGGGAAUCUUACUCUAAUCAAUACGGUGAUGAUGAACCACUGGAUCUUUCAUUGAAGAGAAGCCGCUCCUUUGAAUCAACACCAAAUAGUUCUCCCGCCAGACCUACCUCAGCAAAUCCUAAAUCCGAAUUCUGUGAUGAAGUUGUGAAUCUCAGUAGAAAGUCGCCAAGGAGUCCAGUGCCGCAGUAUAUGCCCUACUCAACCAGUUACCAAAACUCGAAUUCUUCAGAGCUGCCCUCUGCUUCCUCCCCCUCAGAACUGACCAACAGUAGUCGACUAGCGCAAAUAUUAGCCCAACCGCAGCAUAAGUUGAACCUACCAGGCAUGGGACUGGUUCCCAUGGAACAACUGAUGCAGUUCGGUGUUACGGAUCUUCCAAGUCUCUCGCAACUGAUCAACAACAAUCAGAUGCAGAACGGACUCAGUCCCAAUACUGACAAGAAAUGGCACGAUUAUAAAGACAUUAAGGUUGAAGUGGGAGAUGAGGAUCCAGCAAAUUUGUCCAAAAGGCUGAAGAUGUCCCAGUACAUGUUGAAAAGUUUAGGCAGUCCCUUGUUGGGGAACCAUGAACAAGAACUUGAAGGCCAGUUCAUAUGUGAUCAGUGUGAUAAAGCGUUUUCCAAGCAGAGCUCCUUGGCAAGGCACAAAUAUGAACAUUCAGGUCAGAGACCCCACAAAUGUGAUGAAUGUACAAAGGCCUUCAAACAUAAACACCAUUUGACAGAACACAAACGUCUCCAUAGUGGUGAGAAACCAUUCCAAUGUACAAAAUGUCUUAAGCGGUUUUCUCACUCAGGGUCAUACAGCCAACAUAUGAACCAUAGGUUUUCAUACUGUAAGCCAUACAGAGAAUAAACUGACAAUUCCUAAGUUGGAUUCAACUACCAGCCUCACUUUAUUGUUCUUGAAAACAAUUGAUGUUAAUUGGUAGGUGUGUAUAUAUUAUGUAGUUAGUAUCAACUAUUCAAAGAAACUCAAUUGGCAAAGUUGUGAAUCUAUUUUUUUCUCAGACUAUGCCAGCUUUCAAUCGUAAUAUGUAAUAUUAAAUGUGCAAUUCGAUGCUCAGACUUUUGUUUUAGAGUGAAAUUCUCAACUAUUUUUGAGUUGUUCAAAGAAUAAUUUUUAUUUUUGUUAUUUUUUCGAAAUAUUCCUUAUUUUUGAUAUGUACAUAAAUUGUCUGUGGUACCUGUAUCAAAAUACUCAAAAUGUAUUCGGUUUCAACAGUGCCAGAGAAUCAAAUGUCUUCCACCACUCAUCAAUCUAGGUGGUGUUAGUAUUUUAGUAGCAGGGGCACAAAGGCAAUAUUUCAUCAAUGUGAAGUAGUAGUAUGUGCAAUCAUUAUUUGAAAAAAUUUUCGCGACAAAUCAUUAAUCGCUACAAAACUGCAAAAUUCACUUCCUAAACAUCACACUUUUCACUGGUAAUUAACCAUACACAUUCACUUUUGUCUCAAUUCCGCAAUUUUUAUUCAUCAUUGCCUCAUUUCAUUAUGACUAUAUUUCAUUUUAUUCAAACGACUCACGUAACGCGACAAUUUUGUAGCCAUUAAUCAAUUUGAAAUGUUCAUGAAAUUCUUAUUUUUGUAUCAAAAUGAAAAUAUAUGGAAAAUGUGCUAUAAAUAUUAUUAGCGUAAGGGCCGAGCCAUAUACUGAAAAAGUUAACUGUAAAUUUGUGUGAUGUAAAUAUUAGGUUUCAUAACAUCGACUAAAAGUUAAAAAAAAAGCGUGAAUACCUAAACAGACCUCUGUUCAGGUAGAGUACAAUAAUUUAGGCAACAGUUGAGAGCCACAAUAUUUUGAGGUAACAUGACAAUACAUAGUGCUGAUGUCUUAAACAAUACAAUGAACAAAUGGUGCAAGUCAGUUAUCCUAAAUUUUAUAGCAUUUUUUAUUCCUAAGAAAUCACAUAAGCAGUCAGUAAGUUGGUUGAACAUUUUUUUAGAGUAUUUUAUUAAUGAAUCAUUCCAAAUUAUGUACCUAAUAUGUUGUUUCCAGUGUAAUGAGCUAAUGUAUAGGAUUUGUUGACAAUAAAAUGUAGCCAUUUGAUAAAAAACAAAUAUAUAUAUACUGCUAAUGUUAUUGAAGAUAAUGUAGCAUUUAUUUAAAAAAUCUCAGUGAGACCGUGAGAAUUUCCCCUUAUUAAUUACUAUAAUAUACAAUAUAUUGAUAUUAAAGACGUAUAAAUUUUACCUAAGAUGAUGCUAUAUGAAAAUUAUAUGUAUAGGUUUAUUCUGUACAUAAGAAUAUAUGUAAAUGUUUAUUAUUUUUUCCUUAAUUUUCAUAUUUUGUUUAUUUGACUGUACAUAUGAUUUAUUAGAUUGAAGAAAUGUGCCAUAUGUAUUUUUUUUAUUCGUUAUUUUUUAUUUUUGUUACCUUGUUCGAAAAUACGAUGGCUAGUAUAACCAAAGACUUUGUAAUAUAUUUAGCCAUAAAUCUUCCGAUAAUUUCUCAUAACCUAUGUUACCCUAUUUUUUAUAUUAGAUACUGUAUAAAAUAAAUUUAUAUGUGUAUUUUUAUUUGAAGUUGGAGAAUGUAUUUUAAUCAAUUGAAUAAGAUCUUGAUUCUA